AUGUGCGUUCCGAGGAAAAGGUACGUGUGCAACGUCUGCGGCAAGAAAUAUAAUCACCAGCCGAACUUGAGCCGCCACAAAAACUUGGAGUGCCAAAAACCGAAAUCGCGCCUCUGUCCCUUCUGCCCUUACGCAUGCUACCACAAGUUCCAGCUCAAGGGCCACUGUUCCAAGUCGUACCGCCGAUGGGACUCCUUGAGACGUCACAUAAGGGUCGAGUGCUGCAAAAAGGGCCAGUUCGAAUGCCACAAGCCCUUUCAGUGCAACGGCUGCGACAGAUUCUACAAAUACAAGCGAAAUAUUCUGGAACAUAUAAAACACGAGUGCGGCAAAUCUCGUCGCUUCAGUUGCCCGUAUUGUCCGCACAAGUCCCAUCGCAAGUUCAACCUCAACCUGCAUAUCAGGACCGUGCACAAAGUCUGUCCCUCGUGUUUCAAAAUCUACAAAACGAGGAACUCGCUGAACGUGCACAAGUCCAGGGACUGCGCGAAUUCUAAGAGGUUCCGGUGUAACACCUGCGCCAAAGUGCUGAAGCGGAAAGAGGCUAUGAAAUAUCACAUCAGCGGCAGUCCCGGUUGUCAGACUGCAGCUAGCCAUGUUGUAGGAGAAUUUUCUUGCAACGACUGCGGCAAGAGGUAUAAGCACAGAGCGUCGCUCUACAAUCACUCCAGGUUUGAGUGUGGGCAAGCUAAGAACGUCGCCUGUCCCGUGGAGACGUGCUCCUAUAAAACGAAGCGGAAAGGGAGCGAGUCGAUCCACUGCAACCUGUGCGGGGCCGUGUUCCGCCAUCUGGCCUCUUUGAAAUACCACGUGACUAACAACGUCUGCACCAAGCCCAAGAAGGACGAGGCAGCUAAAAUCCUCAAGUGCAACGCGUGCGGCAAAGUAUUCAAGGGAUGGACCGCCAUGGACUACCACGUGAGGAGGAGAGUCUGCGAGCAACCGAAGAUCCAAACAGGACCGCCUUACAUCUGCAUGUGGUGUAAGCAUGCGUUCAAUAUUAAGCAAACCUGGUACGUGCACUUGAAACGUCAAGCUUGCAGACGUUUCCCUCAGAAGUACGGCCUCAAAUCGGCUCAAAAUUUCGGCAUGUGUGUCCCAUUGGAGUACCAGCCGAUCGUGGAGCUGAAACAAGAGAGCGACCCGCUCAGCAUUCAACCCUCGGACGCCGAGACCCACGAACAAAUGCACCAAUAA